CCAAUGGCAGCCCUAGCCUUCAAUAAAAAAAUUGAUUUCUCCAUUGUUAAAAGUCGCAGGUGUUUCUUGAAAAUAAAUAGAAAUAAUCGCGUUAUCUAAGUCUAAUCAGUGUGUUAAAUUUGCAGUUCAUAAAAUGGGUGACGGCCAAAGUGAAAAUCAACCCCUAUUAGGGGAUGAGGAGGAGGUAAAUGUGGUGAGCACGAUAUCGCCGAUCGGUCCCGACGAGCUCCCUCCGCCUUACCAGCAAUCGGGAAUGCCCUUGGUGACGUGCCGUGUGUGCCAGGCGUUAAUCGAUAUAUCCGGGAAGAGGGAGCAACACGUCGUGAAAUGCGUCGCGUGCAACGAAGCCACGCCUAUAAGGAACGCGCCACCAGGCAAAAAGUACGUGCGAUGCCCGUGCAACUGCUUGCUGAUAUGCAAGUCGUCGUCGCAGCGCAUCGCGUGUCCGCGCGCCGACUGCAAGCGCAUCAUCAACCUGGCGCCGUCGCCCGUCACGCCGCCCGUGCCCACGCUGCCCGGCAUGUGCCGCGUCGUGUGUGCGCACUGUCAGGACACAUUCUUGUACCAGUUGCUGAAGAACGCGCCGGUGCGGUGUCCGCACUGCCGUAAGGUGUCGUCGGUGGGCCCGCGCAUGGCGCGCCUGCGCGGCUGCAUCUUCGCCGUGCUGGCGCUGGUGGUGCUGGCCAUCGCGCUGGGCGUGACGCUGGGCACGCUGGCGGCGGCGCGCACGCACGGCACGGGCGUGUACGUGGCCUACGUCGGCGCCUUCCUCCUCGCCUUUCUACUCUUCAGCCGGGCCGUCUACUACUUCGCCAUGAAGGUCAGCACCGUCGAGGGCCCCAUGUAGAACUCGCCCUGCGCGUGAUCCAUUUGUGAUAACCUAUGACUAGGAAUCUUUUAUAAGAAUUUGUUAAUUCCAUUUGAGUUUCGAGUCUUCAAAUUAUUCGUUAUCUGAAAUGCCAUUUGUGCCGCUUGCGAUUUAACGAUCUUUAGUAGCGUGAGAAACAUUGGCUACAUAUAUGUUGAGAUUACGUUUAAUAUUGGUUGACAUUUUUAUGAUGACAGAAAUUUAGUUGUAGCGGGGUUGUUGUGUAAAUUAAUAGUAAUAUCUUGAUUUUGAUACAUAGUUAUAUAAAUAACACAUAUAUCUAACUGUAAGUAUGUAAACUUUAUAAUCUUUGUGCCGGUCGAAGUGUCUCAUCUAUUCAAUUGUGCCUGCACACUGUAUUUAUAGGUCUAUUUUAUAAAUUGUAUUGUAAUAUAAAACAAUGCCAUUUUUUAUGUUAGUGAUGAAUUUUUUAUCUUGAGUUUUGGUGUAAACUAUGAUACCAUUCAUACAAAUAUAGGUUCAAAGACAGUUUAAACCGGGCACCUGCAUUUCAUAACUCAAUUUGGAAUUCUGAGAUCACAGCUAAUUUAGUGUGUACAAUCUCGCAAUAAAAUUUUAUAACUGUAAUAUUUUGGUGUAACAUUUGUAUAUAUGUAACUUAUAGACUGAAUCAGCUGGUUUUUAUUUCAUUCAAAUCACUCUUCUGUAACCAAUCUAGCUUUAAUUGGCGUAAGGUAGUUUUUAUGUCGUCUAAUUUAUCUAUGUUAUCUUUGUUGUUUGAGGAUCACUAACAGCUUAUAAUUAUAAUAUAACCUAGCAGUUGUCAUGUCACUUAUAAAAAGGAGAGUUUUUUUUGUAGUGAUGUGAUGGUAGACCUGGUUAGACGAUGUAUGGCUUAUGCGACUAAAUGUGUCAGACUAUAAUAGUGUAUUGUUCCUAAGGUCUUGUAAUGCCUGUGAUUGAUUUACUUAUCAAGAUUAAGCCGAUAUUAAAACAGCUUCAAAUACAAUACAUGGACUACCUUGAGCGUCUCUUUUUACCUGGCGGUCUUGUCUCUCCAUUACUAGCUUUAUUAAUCUAUGCUGUAUUGCAGAAAUACAAUGUUAUUUUUUUAGUUGAAUGUAUACUCUGAUACACCCAGCUUGUCAGUAGAGAAGGCGGAAGAAAGGUAGUCACAUCCCCGCGUAUUUCUAGUGAGAAAUGAUAGGGUGUAUUAAAAGAAGGUAUAGCAGAUGAGUGACGAGUAAUGUUUUGAGGGCUUGCUGCCUAAUUUAUAUUAAAAAAUAUCAUAGCUUAUAUUAUAAGAUUCUCGUUAUAAAUAUUCAUAUCUAUACGGUGCUUAGCUUAAUGUGUUUACCUAAUAGUUAGCUUGAAGUAACGUUAGUUAAUUUCUCAAAUUAGUUAUCAAUUGAAUAGUUUUUAUCUUGUCAUUAAAAGUGUCGUGCAAUUAGAAUGCAUACCUACCAAUUGUUCCGUUGCUUGUGAUGGAGAGACUGACGCCAUUCAGAUAUAUAUUUGAUUUGCACUGUGCGUUGUGCGGUACCUAUAUCACAAUGUACAAAUGUUUCGCGCGCUCUAACUUUUAUUAUAUUCGAAGAAACAAUCGAACGAUCGUUGGGUAUGUCGCUCGUAGCUGGCGUGCGUUCGGCACAAUCGUACACAUAUAACAAAAGUCUCGGCUAGCGUACCUAUAGUUUUGAUAAAAAAAAAUAUCUUGCGAUUAUCGACGAUAUUCUCUGACCAUUUUUUUUGUUUUCAUAUGCGUUGUGUAUUGGUCGUAGAUUUAAAGCGUUUGAAGGGUCAUAUUUAGUUGAAAACUUCACUUUGGCAUGGUGCGUAAAAAAAAUAGUUAAAUAUUACCCUGUGCUAUUAUAAACCAUGAAAGUGCAGAUAAUAACUAAUGAGUAGAAAUAAUUCUAAAUCAUAAUACCUUUUGAUAAACACCUACUCGAAAUAUGAGUAGUAAUAUAGGAAGGCUAGCUGUUUUAUUAUUGAGUUUGACUAAUAAUUAGUUGAUAUAUCGUCAAUAUUAACAUUAUGUACAAUUUGUUUAAUACUGCAUAGAUAUUAUAUGUUACUUGUAGUCAACAUUUAAAAUUAUUUGUAGGAACAUAUAUACAAAUUUAGUUCAGUAAACGAUUUGCCUUGACAAAUUGUGCACCAAUUAGUCAUAACUCGUUAUGGGACAGUAAAAGAAAUCAAGAUUCUGUACGGAGUUGUAACUUGUAACUGUAAAGUUGUUUUUAGUUUUUAAACCCAUGGGAGUUGAGACAUCUGUUACAAUUAAUUGACUUUCAAAUGAAAUUUGGCAUGAAGUAAAAUGCUUAGUUACUGUUCUAGUUGGUGUCAUUCUCGAGGCUGCGCCCCGCUCUUCUGUCUAAUCGUUUUGAAUACAAAUGUGUAUCUGUUAUCAGUACAGUCAUGUCUAUACACACCUAUUUGUGAUAUAUAAUGUGUAUAGACGACUAAUACAGCGCUAGAGGUCGGGUGGCGUCUUCGUGAAUGACAAACUUCUCUACCCGAAAAUUGGAUGUAGGUAUGCUAGUAAGGACACUCGGAAAAUACUCACAAUUAUAAUGCAUUGUUGUCUAAGAUUAUUUAUUUUAUUUCUUUACAGUCCUUACUAUGUGUACCUAAAUGCGAGCCAAGUGACUAGAAGUAUUUUCUCCUUGUAUUACAAAUCAAUUUCACUUUGAAUAUCAAUGUAAAAAUAGUUCCCACGCCAUUGUUUACUUUUUGUGAUAAAAGAUGAGAAUACACUCUUGGAGUGUUGCCGGUUGAAUCGGUUACUGAACUUGCAAUACCUACAUAUAUUAGAAUUAUUCAUAUUUUCAUAAAACGCUAGGGCUAUACAUGUAUUUGUAGUUAUAAGCCAAAUAAAUGGUAUCGAUGGAAAUCA